AUGGGUUGGUUCGAUGGCAAAUCAUCCGUGUCCGCCAAUGGCUACGUCCGGCGGCGGUCACCCACUCGCCGGUCGCCCACACACUCGAAGUCAGGAUACUCGACGCAGAGAUCGGGCUUCUCAACCCACCACUCGCGACACUCGGCGCCAUCCUUCUUCGGCGGGCUAGGCGGUGGCCUGGGCGGAAGUCGGACAGGCGGACGAUCCAGCCCAUCUGUUUUCUCGUCAUUCUCGUCCUCGUCGCGACGGGCUCGACCGCGCGAGGGCUUCGUGCAGCGAAUGAUCCGGGACAUCAAGCGGUUGUUCCGGGACAUUUAUAAGUACGCGCGCCGCAACCCGAUGAAGGUCUUCAUGAUGGUCAUCGUGCCUCUAUUGACGAGUGGCGUGUUGCCCAAGUUGCUGGGUAUGAUUGGGAUUCGCUUGCCGCAUGCUGUGAUGUCUGCUCUCGGUGGGAGUGUGCCGAAGCCUCAGGGUUAUGUUCCUGAGGGUGGUCGUGGGAUUGGAGAGAACAUUACCAGUCUCAUGAAUAUUGCCAAGAUGUUUGCAUAG